AUGCCCCUCUUACCCUCACCACCCUCAUCCCAGCCCGCCUACUCACCUUUAUCCAAAACCCCUUUCCAGCUCCAAAAGCCCAACCCCCUAAAACCCCCUACAUGCCCGCAUUGCAAACCGCCUUUAGCUCCAUCUCUUCAAACCCCGAAGCCGCAUCUGAAAGACCCUCCGCCUCCCCUCCCCCUCCUCCUCAACACCCACUCCCUCCUAAACCUCACCACCGCCUGCCGCCUGACCUUCCCCCCUUCCCGCCUCGCCCACCUCCGAACCUUCCUCUUUACGCAAAACAUUACCUCUGCGUCUUCGUUUAACGAGUUUCUGCGAUGCGUCAAGAGGGUCGAGGACGAAGACGAAGACGAAGACGAGGUCGAGGUCGAGGUUUCGGAUUCGGAUCAAGAUCAAAGUUCGAGUCAGAAUCAAAGCCGCGAUCGAAAUCGGAAUCGGAAUCGGAAUCGGAAUGGGGUUAUACUUGCGGAUAAGGAUAAAGAUGAGGAUAAGAAUAAGAAUGGGGAAGGAAGUAGAGACAAAGACAAAGCCGCCGCCAUCCAAACCCUUAUGCAAUCCAUCCUUGAGAUCCCCGCUGGAGAUCCGAGGUGGGCGUGUACAGCGCGGGUAGCGGGUGCAGCGGGUGCAGCGGGGAAGAAAGAUCUGGAUGGAGAUCUAGAUGAAGAUGCAGAUGCAGAUGCAGAUGCAGAUGCAAACGGAUAUACGAAGAAGAAAAAGAAAGGCAUAAUUACUUUGCAGGAGUGGGCUUGGGAGAAGUGCGUUCGAAGGAUGAAGAAGGGGGGGUGGAUUCGGGAGCAGUGGGAGGGGAGGGGGGGGGAAGGGGAGGAAAAGGAGGAAGGGGAAAAAGAAGAGGAAGAGGAAGAAGGAAUCGAAUCGCAUACGCAACUCGGAUAUGAAAGCGAAGAUGGGCGUGAUGAAAGGGAUGCCGAGGAUGAGGAUGGUGUGGAUUAUGCUGAAGGGGAUAGGGAUGAGGAUGGGCGAAGAAACGACGACGACGACGACGACGACUACUAUACUUUCCAAUCAGCGCGGAUCUUCAAUCUUGAGACGGAGACGGAAACGGAGACAGAUGUCAAUUCGUCGCUGUCUAGGCUUGAUCCUGGUCUCGAUCUCGAUUUACACGCCGACGCCGAUACCGCCGCUUUUUCGCGCUCGAGUUCACCUUCACCUUCACCUUCACCUCUACCUUUUCAUUCCAGCAACUCUAACGACUUCAAUUCCAACCCCCCUUCCCUUCUUAACGAUAACAACAACACCGCCCUCUUCACCGCCACCACCCUCCUCACAACCUGCAAAGCGCUUUCCAGCUUCAAACGCCGCCUCAGCGCCGAAACCAACACUCUCGCAUCCCGUCUUUCGGAGUUAACAUCUCAAUCUUCUUCUCUCGCGCGAGAGAUUAAAGCGCAAGAAGAGGAGUUGUGGAGUUUGCGAGAGGAGAAAAAGGAGUUAUGCGGUUUGCGAAAGGAGAAGGAGGAGGUAAUAAAAGAGGUGGAAGGAUUAGAAAGGGAACUGGAAGAGGUGGAAAGGGAAUUAGAAAGGAAGAGAGAGAAGGGGAGGGUUUUUUGGGGGCUGCUGAGGGCGAGGGCGAGAGAGGUGUAUGCUGCCCGCGAGCUUCGCUUGAGGGAAGCGCUUGAGAGGAUGGAAGAGAUGGUUGCGGAGCUAGAAAAAGAGGAACAGAAAGAGAAGGAAGCUGAAAAGGAAAAGGCGAAAGCGAGCAAGAAGAGUGGAUGGUGGCUUUUUCGUUGA